AUGGCUCGCAUCCGAGCAACCUUGAACUGUGAUAUGGGGGAGGGAUAUUCUCUCUACAAGAUGGGCGACGACGAAGCACUCAUGAAGACGAUCCACCUCGCCAAUGUAGCCUGCGGGUUUCACGCUUCAGACUUCUCUAUUAUGAACGAAACAGUACAGAUUGCGAAGGCCAACAACGUCCUCGUCGGAGCGCACCCGUCCCUCCCCGACAAGCAGGGUUUCGGCCGACGCGAGAUGAAGAUGGAGCCUGACGAACUCGCGGCAUGCUUCGUUUACCAAGUCGGCGCACUCACGGGCUUCCUGCUCGCGCACGGCAUGAAGCUCAACCACAUCAAACCGCACGGGGCGGUGUACGGUAUGACUGCACGCGAGCCGGCGUUGGCGCGGGCAGCGGUCGGCGUCGCGAAGACGUUCGACGUCCCGUUCAUGGGCCUGGCCGGUACCUGCCACCAAGCCGCGGCAGAGGAGCUCGGCGUUCCAUUCAUCGCAGAGUGGUUCGCCGACCUCGAAUAUAGCCCAGAGGGUAAACUCAUUAUCACGAAGAAGCACGACCCCGUCCCUCUGUCUGCCGUCACCGAUAGGGUGAACCGUUUACUCGGGGAGCGGCAAGUCACGACGACGGCUGGCUUCCUCCCCCUGGCGGCGGGUGUGAGCGAGGUCUCCAUUUGCUGCCACUCGGACACCCCGGGCGCAGUCGAGAUCGCGAAGACGGUGAAGGCGAUGGUGGACGAGAAUAACGCACAGGUACCGCCGCAAUAG